AUGCGACCCAAGUCGUUAAUCCUGCUCGUUCUCGCGCUCGGCUGUGGCCUGGCGGCGUCGAUCGGCAUCAGCCGUGUCAUGGACGCCAACGCCAACCGCCCGGCGGUGGAACUCGACACGACGCCGAUCUACGUCGCCCUGCACAACAUCAACCUGGGCGACCCGAUCAACGCGAGCAUGGUGGCCCUGGAAGAGUGGCCCGCCACGAAGGUGCCCGAGGGCGCCCUGACCACGCUCGAGGACCUCGAGGGCCGUCGCCCGCGGACGACGAUCGUCAGCGGCACGCCGAUCCUCGAAGCCCAGCUCCUGGCGUCCGGCGAGACGGCCGACCCCGUCGCGAACAUCCCGGACGGCUUCCGGCUGUCGACGAUCUCGGUCAACGCCGAGAAGAGCGCCGCGGGCCUGUUGAGCCCCGGCGACCGCGUCGACGUGCAACUGUUCAUGUCCGCCAACGCCCGUGGCGGCGUGCCCGAGGCGGUCACCAAGGUCAUCCUGCAGAACAUCCGCGUCUUCGCGAUCGAGCAAGCGGUGCAACGCACCGCCGAAGGCGACGAGUCGAAGACGAUCCCGAAGACCGUCUCGCUGCUCGUCACUCCCGAACAGGCUCAGAAGGUCGACCUGGCCCAAAACCUGGGCGAGCUCAGCCUGAUCCCGCGGAACCCGAACGACGAGAGCACUUCCACCGUGGCGGAAGUGACCAUGUCGGACAUCCUCGGCACGCGUUCGGAAACGAACUCGCGCGAGGACGAGCAGAACCGCGACGCCGCCCGCAAGAAGGGGCCGGGCCUGCUCGAGUCCUUCGUCGGCAUCAUGAGCAAAGCGGCCAAGCCGAAGCCGCCCUUUGAGAUGACGAUCGUCCAGGCCGAAGAGGUCUCGACGAUGCAGUUCGACCGGACGACCGGCGCGCCGCUCCGCGGCGAGCAGGAAGCCUACCAAGGCGCUCGUACGGGAGGCGGCCCGGCCGCCGCUCGCACGAGCGACGGCCGCCUCGACUUCACGGGCGCCGGUUCGACCGUGACCAGCGGCAACGAAGACGACUUCCCGAUCGAGGCUCGGGCCGAGGCGUCGUCCGCGGCGCCGCAACAGCAAAGUACAAGGAUGUACGAUCUCACCGCCUCGCGUUCGACGCGCGCCCGUUCGUUCGGAGCGAAAGCCGUCCUGGCGAUCGCCCUAGCCGCUUUGGCCUCCGAGGUCGGCGCCCAAGGGCUUCCCUCGAGCGGCUCGGUUGUCCGGCGCAUCACCGGCGCCACGGACAAGAUCGAGAUCACGACCAACACGAGUCGGAUCCUGACGCUCGACAAGAAGAUCCCCAAGGUCCAGGUCAACAACCCCGAGCUGCUGGCGGUCACGCCGCUCUCGGCGACCGAGAUCCAGGUCUCCGCCAAGAAGGCGGGCGUCACGCAGGUGAACCUGUGGGACGAGGACGGCGAGAUCCACACGGUCGACGUCUACAUCUACGGCGACGUCCGCGAGCUGGAGCACGCCCUCAAGACGCAGUUCCCGAACUCGUCGGUCAAGGUCUACCGCUACAGCCAGUCGCUGGUGCUGACCGGCUUCAUCGACCGGCCCGACUACGUCGACCCGAUCCGCCAGCUCGCCGAGGACUACGCCCCCAAGGUGAUCAACAACAUCGCCGUGGGCGGCGUGCAGCAGGUGCUGCUGAAGGUGAAGAUCUACGAGGUGUCGCGGACGAAGCUCCGCAAGCUCGGCGUCGACAUCGCGACGAUCGGCUCCGGCGGCUACUUCGGCACGAGCAUCUCCGGCCUGCUGAACAACGUCGGCACCGCGGGCGACCCGCUCGGCAUCAACACGAUCUCCAACGGCAUCGGUGGCAUCACCGACACGGCGGGGCAGACCGUCGAGUUCGCGGUCACCAACGGCGGCGACUCGUUCAUCGGCUUCCUCGACGCCCUGCAGCAGAACAGCAUCGCCAAGAUCCUCGCGGAGCCGAACAUCGUCGCGGUCAGCGGCCGCCCGUCGCAGUUCAACGAGGGCGGUGAGAUCCCGAUUCUUGUGCCGCAGGGCCUCGGUCAGGUCGCCAUCGAGUACAAGCCGUUCGGCACGCAGGUCGACUUCCUGCCGAUCGUGCUGGGCAACGGCAAGAUCCGCUUGGAGGUCCGCCCGCGGGUCAGUGACCUCGACUUCAGCAACGCCGUCACGAUCGACAACAACCGCAUCCCCGCUUUGACGGUGCGGCAGGUCGACACGGCGGUGGAGAUGAACGCCGGACAGACCUUCGCGAUCGCCGGCUUGAUCCAGCAGCGGACGCAGGCGGUCAACCGUGGCAUCCCGCUGCUGGCGGACGUGCCGAUCCUCGGCGUCCCGUUCCGCAGCGUGCAGGACGAGGUUGAAGAGAUCGAGCUGCUGAUCCUCGUGACGCCUGACUUCGUCGACGCGAUGGCCCCGCACGAGGUGCCGCCGUGCGGUCCCGGCAUGGGCACCGCUUCGCCGAGCGACUGCGAGCUGUACAUCGACGGCAAGGUCGAGACGCCCAACUUCUGCGGCCCGUGCACGAACUCGAGCUGCGGCAAUUGUGGCGAGUGUGCGACCGGGGGGCCCCCGGGGCCGCCUCAGCAGCUCGUCAACGGGGUCGAGGGUCCGAUGGCCAUGCCGACGCCGAUGCCGACCCCCGCGGGGCCGACGAUGAUGCCGGGCGAGUACGUGCCGACGCCGACCCCGACUCCCGCUCCAUCGACCGGGGCGGAGGCGACGCCUCAGCCGUCCGUCACGCCGGCCGGGCCGUCGCUGGCGUUGCCGCCGAGCCUCAGCAAGACAGGCGUCGAGAAGCCGAUCACGGAGAAGGCUCCGCGGCCGGCGCCGUCGCCGCACCUGCGGGCCAGCCGACCGACGCAGUACGUCCGCCAAGCGGCGCGUCCUUAUCAGGCUUCGGCGGGCGGUUCGGGUCUUAUCGGUCCGGUCGGUUACGACGACGACUGA